AACGCUUUUCUCUGAUCAAUAGAUGCCAGUGACAACCGUUCAUGUGUGUUUCGGUUUCAAUAUGAUUUGAAGAUCUUGUUCUCUAAACAGAAAUGCAUAAAUUAUGCGUCACUAAACCCAUAACAAAAAGGAACGGAUGGUGUUGGUACAUUGGAGUUGUAUUAAUCAGUUUUUUGAAGCAUAAACAUUUAUUUGUCAAUGGCGUAUAUGGUGAUUGAGGAAGGGCACUGUAUGGUUUCACUAACAUUAACGGAUGAACUGUGGAACUACAAGUUCAGCCUGUUGGAAAAUCAUUUUUUCAGUCACAGUGUUACGUCUGAAGAAAGCUACAUCCAAAGUUUUUUAAUUUUACCUUCAUAUUAGCCAUCAUGGCCUUAUGCAGACUAGAUUAGGUGUUGUUUGAGGUGUUUUGAAUGAGUGAAGAGGGGCAGCAGAGCCCUGCAGUGGAAGGGCUGAGGGGCAAACACGGUGCAAAUAUUAAAGGAUCACCAUCUGGACGUGACGGGGAACUUCUGCCAACUAUGGGUGCAGCAAUUGGACCGUUGCUGCUUUGGCUACAGGACGUGGCAGCGGUGACUCUCCUAAGGGCUCGCAGGACUCUCCUAAGAGCUGCCAUCCUGUUAUGUGUGCUGGUACUUCUCCUCUGGAUCUCCAUCUUCCUGUAUGGAAGCUUCUACUAUUCCUACAUGCCAAACGUCAGUUUUGCCGCACCGGUACACUUUUACUACAGAACCGACUGUGAUCCAUCAGAUUCAAACCUCUGUUCUUUUCCCACGGCUAACAUAUCGCUGUUAAAGAACGGCAGAGACCAGGUGAUGAUGUCUAAUCAAGCUUAUAGGAUCUCUCUAGAGCUAGAAAUGCCCGAAUCACCUGUUAAUGAACAACUUGGAAUGUUCAUGGUCAAAAUGACCUGUUAUGCCAGAGAUUGGACAGUCAUCACCUCUGUGGUCCGCUCAACGAUGCUGCACUACCGUUCGAAUCUGCUGCAGACCAUGAGCACGCUGUUCUUCUCCCCUCUUUUGCUCACAGGCAUGUCAGAGCAAAAACAGCUCAUUGAGGUGGAGCUCUAUCCAGACUUCAAAUCGAACACAUACCAGCCUGCCAUUGGUGCAAUGAUUGAGAUUCAGUCCCGCAGGGUCCAGAUUUACUCUGCCCAGCUCAGAAUCCAUGCCUACUUCACUGGCAUAAGAUACCUCCUGCAUAAUUUUCCUGUGGCAUCAGCAAUUGUUGGAGUGGCCAACAACUUCACUAUCCUCUGUGUAAUUGUGCUCUUUGGGUACCUGCAGUUUAUUUGGGGAGGACUUUAUCCCCCAGAGCAGGUCAGAGUGAGGGUAAUGAUGGGAGACUCUACACGUCUUCAGCAGAGAAGAGAAGAGGCGCGUAAACGCUUGCACUCUUCCUCCAGCACGCCCAACAUGACGUAUGAGAGAGACCGCAGUCUCACGGCUGACCCACCACAGCAAGCCGAACAAGCUGGAAGCAUUCGGAAGAAAGGUGAGCUGAACACUCCUACUGUGAUUGGUACAGAUGAUUUGAAUCACUUGCAGAAUGAUGAAGCUGCAGAUGAGAGUCCUAUUUUCCUCAAUGCUCCUCAUAUUUUAGAGACCAGUAUAAGUGAGGAAGACCCAGAUGAAGCGCAAAGGGCAGCAGGAGUGCCAAAUGAGACUCAAGAAGAAGAGACAGCCGAGACACAAUCCUCAGACACCUGCCUUAAGCAAAGGCAUGGGCCCUGGAUGAGAUUGUGAGAAACUAAGUUCUGAAGCGACCACAUACGCACAUGCAUUCUGUUACAAUAGAGGCGCCUCAUACCACUUAUAGCUAACACAUUCACUGCCUGAAGUGACUGCAAUAUAUUGAGACAUUCCUGUUGCAACGCAGCAUGUAUUACCAUAAGAACCGGUGCACAAAGUUACAUUUGGAAACCAGUUUACCUCAUGAAGCUGAUGUAAAGCUCAAAAGUAGAAUUUCCUGCUUUGCUGCUGUUGUGUACUUCUGUACUUCAAAGUUAUCUAGACUAGAGUACAGCUGAAUUCAUUUGUUUCACUUUUGUCUCAGUUUACUUAAACACAGGACUUUUUAUACAGAAUUCAAUGCUUUAUGGUGUCUAUGGUUGUGCCAUAAUAUCAGUUCUGCGUGAAGCAGGUGUGUAAAUGUGUUUUGUGUUGCUCUUCAUUCCUUAAUGCUAUGAUGCAUUGUCAAGAAUUAUUAACAAAUGGUUCAACACCGAAAUUUUGUCUUUCAGGGAAUUCUGUUACAUUUGAUCAUAAACAUGUGUAAGGCAUAAAAGUGGUGUCAUUUGGAAAAAAAAUAAGUAAAAUAAGUAAAAUAGCUGGAAAAUGGAUAAAUAGUAUCAUUAAAUUAAAAUAUUUAUGCAAUUAAAUUAUAUGUUAUGGAAUGUACAUAUUUGUCCCAUCACCAAAGUUCACUGUUAUGCAUGCUCUCAAUCUCUAUAUUAUAUUAUAUUUUAGUUAUAUUUUGCAGGGUUUUUCUUGUUAAACUAAUAAAUUAUACGUGAAAACA